AUGGCUGAGACGACAACCAUGACCACGGCUGAGGAGGAAGUGGCGACCAAGAAGAGAAAGGUCGCCCCCUGGCCUACGCUGUCGGCUGGAGGCCCUCCAGGCGGAGGCGGAAGCGGCGGCUCAGCGGGCGGCCUCUUCGACGGGCUCCCGGAAGCUCAUGAAGAGACUGUCCCGGUGACGAACCAGCACGUUCCACAGGUCAAGAAGCCAGUUACUAAUGUCCGCUGCUUACACCUCUUGAAGAAGCACACGAAGUCCAGGAGACCCAGUUCUUGGAGAGAGCGCGUCAUCACUCGCAACAUUGAGGAGGCCACUUAUCAGGUGAAGGAGUUGCGGAAGACGAUCGCAGCCAAAUCGACUCCCAAGGAGAGGCAGGCAGAGUUCGAGCGCUUGGCCAGGAAGGAAUCGGACUGCAGCUCUGCACGGGAUGGUGGAUCUCUAGGUCGCUUCGGACGCGGCCAGAUGCAGCCUGCGUUUGAGAAGGCCGCGUUCGACUUGGAUGUCAAUGAACUCAGCCAUCUCGUCACGACCGACAGCGGUGUUCACAUCAUUCUGAGGCUCGAGUAG